AUGCAACUGGACCAGGCAGGGGGCCUGUUGGCUGACCCCUGGAAAGUGCUCUCUGACAGUGUAGGGAGUUGCUGGUCAGAGCUGCAGAGGGACCAGAUCAAAGCCUCCUUGUUCUUAUUACCUCUUAUAGGGAAGCCGGUCAGCCUGAGCUACAGAUGCCCUUGCCGAUUCUUCGAGAGCCACGUUGCAAGAGCCAAUGUCAAGCAUCUCAAAAUCCUCAACACUCCAAACUGUGCCCUUCAGAUUGUGGCCAAGCUGAAGAACAACAACAGACAAGUGUGCAUCGACCCGAAACUGAAGUGGAUUCAGGAAUACCUGGAGAAAGCUUUAAACAAGGAUCAAGCCCCAACCUGGGCAUAUGCCCUGACCAGGAACCGAACCGGCAACCCCUCAGCGCAUGGCAUGAUGCCCAGCCUGGUCUGCCUUCUAUGUCAGAAUAAAAGGGAGUCAUAAGAAUGGGAUUUCCAU